AUGUGUUAUUUCGACCAAACUCAAUGGGCAUGUGGCUAUUGGAGAUGGGGCCAUUUUCGCCAGCAAUGUAACAAGGAGUAUCGCAUGGGAGAAACUUGCGGCCUUAAACUCGUUUACGAGAUCAAAGUCGAGCACGACGUGUGCAAACUGUGCCAUGACACGGAAAAGAAGCAGCGCCGGUACGACAAAAUGUACCGCGACGUUCAGCGAUGGCAGCAGGAGGCCAACCGCAAUGCGAUUAUCGAGACGACUUGUGGUGAGAUGCAAGAGAUCUCGGGACAAAUAUAUCGCUUAAAUGAAGAACAUGAAUUCAGGGUUCAAGAAAUUGGUGGCGGUACAGAUUCUUCUGUCUUGAGCACCUCGUCUUUUGCAUCCCCGCCGAGGAGUUUUCCAAUUAGAGGUACUGGGCCAUCAAUCAUGCCAGCCCCGAUACGACUACCAAUCCACAGCGACAAUUCGAUCAAUCAUCAUUGGCAUUUCGAAACAGCUCCUUUGCCAUCUCCAAACUUAUCGUCGAGUUUCUAUAGCAGUAAAAUAUCACGAAAUAGACUAGGUGUUGAUACUAGCUCAUCGUCUUUGCCGCCCAAUUCCACCAGCUUGAGAACUCCGAAUAUUCGGCCACAGGCGCCUGCUCGCGAUAAGAUCACUUCUCGAUCUACUCUGGACAGCGAAGAUGAGGAUCAAAUGCCAUAUGGCAAAACAGUCGUGGCUUUCGAGCCUUUUGGCGAAAGCAGUCAAACGCCCGCGUUCACUGACUUACACCAGCAGCAGCAGCACAUCUCACAACCGAAAGAGGUCAACAGAACGCUAGAUUUUGAGUCAUCACCUUCUCUGAAACAAAUCGAAUCCUUCAUUAGCCCUCUUUCCGAUAAUACCGAUCGAGUAGUGGCCUUUACUUGUCUGGUGAAUUGGCAAGUUCUGGCCGUAUACAAAACGGAGUUGGAGCCCGGGACCGAUCUUCGCAAGGUCGUCACUCUCACGGGAACACUGACCUGUGCGGAAUUGAAUACUUGCAAUCAGUUUAUGAAGAAAAUAUGGGACUCCACAGCGAUGAUGGAAAUUGUCGCCAAAUUCGUGGAAAAUCCGUCAACCAGGCACGGUAAGCUUCUUUAUCUAGCAGUCACUAUUGCGAAGACGUACGACGAUGAAGCCGGUGAGCGUUCUUUGCCUAUAGCUUUGACGUCAUUCCAUUUUCGCGGUCCGUUGUGUAAGGUCGCCAUACUCCUUCAGCAACUCGCUUGGCUCGCGGCGGCAUUCCCUCUCCCCACGCGAGAUAUUUUGACUGUAUCGGUUCCUUUCAUAAAAAACACCGGAAGUGGGAUGUUUGAGAUGGAUGUAAGGAAAGUAUUGCCGGGUCAAGAUGGUCAGUUCUGCCUUUUCCGUGAUCUCGAUAACACGCAAUGUUGGCAUAAUUUGCUACGAGGCGCUGUGCUAGCCUACGGCUUUCCUAUAUCAAAUCGACAUGAAGGUCUGGGUCUAGAGAUACCAUUCGAUCUGAUGUUAGGUCUUGCCGACAUUCGUACUCAGAUUAAUGCUGGCGAUAAAACAAUUCUUCUCGGAGGAUCGGGCAUUAUACUGUAUCCUACGAAGCGUUUGUCAGGCGGUAUGCAAUGGCACUGCGCCUUGGUUGAUGACGAGGACGAUCACACUACGCAACGUUAUGACUCUGCCGUGGCCAUCAUAGAACAAAACAUGGAAGAGUUUCCCAGCCAAAGGAUGUUUCUCGGCUAUUAUCCACAAGCAGAGGUGCUUUUGGGGACAAGGGAGCUCGUUGACUCAAAUGGCCUCCAAGCGACGGAGUCAAAAUUCCCACUCUCACCGCCCAGGGUAGAGUUCGCAAACGAAGGCACUCUUACAGGCGGCUUUUCCGUUAAGGGUAUCUUGAAUAUGAAUCUGAGUGGCAAAUAUGUCAUGACAAAAACAUUACGAAUAUCACUAGGAGGCCGUGGCUUCCACGAAUUAGUAGACGAAGCCGAACAACAGCCGGCAAUCGUAUAUGAUGGGGAAACAAAGUCCGCGUGGCUGGUUUCCGAGCUCAGUAUCGUCUUGCAUCUCGCUCUGUCGUACUUGUCGUCUCACAAGAUACGAGAUCGGCGACAAACGGGCUGCAAACAGCUCGAAGGAGAAUGGCCAUUAUUGCCUUAUGCAGAACCGUGUUCUGACGGUGGCAGGGAAGCGCGUCGAGUCUGCAAACAACCAGAGAACUGCAGACUAGAGCUAUGGGCAGAAGAAACCAAGAACAAGACUUUCGGAGAUGUGAUAGAGGAUAUGUUGAAGGACUUUCAGUCGGUCAGAGAUGGCGUCGUAGCGCAAGGCAAAGCCACGCGCAUAUGGCCCAUGCCGAAGUAUGGGCUCAGAGGUUGGGAGUAUACCGAUUUCUUGGGUAGGAAAACACACUUCUGCCAAAAGGAAGUCCCUCGCGAGGGGCACUACGCCCCUUGGUGGGAGCUUGCAAAAGAGAAAAAUACUCUGGUGAUUCUUGGAAACGGAUUUGGGUCCUUAAUUCGACCUAAGGCAUCGUCAAAAAGCCCCUUUGGGCUUGUCAACAUACCCCCGGGAUCGAGGCUACUGGUGGCCAGUCAGCCAUGUAUGUUGAUGAUGAUGCCUUUUGUCGAUCGAGCACGCCCUGCUCUUGGCUCGUUGGAGUGGAGGUCCAUCGCGAAGCAUCAGCGUUCAUGCAAUUCCUUUUGUGACAAGACAUCAUGCUUUUCUAUCCAAAUCUUGCGAGCGAAGUCAUCGCUCGCAAAGGAUUACACUGAGCGGCCGAGAGAGCGGGUGCUGAGUGCGCAGGCGGUUAUCUUUGGGGAGUGCGAGUAUUAUCAUACGGCUCUGUUCAAUGCAAUGUUUAUGAUAGGAAGUCCAUCAUCGUGUCAUAAUUUGUUCAACUGUCCAAGCUACAAAGGUCCAGCGAAUACGUUGAGAGCCGGUGAAGCCGCCCACGAGUAUCCGAAACCACGGGAAAAGAGCGAACCAAACCAAGAAACGGUUAGAAAAUUGCCCGUGACAAUUUCGCUUGCUGGUGGAUCCCGAAAUUCUCAUCCAGCAUCUGCUUGGCUUCUGCGACCUCAACCAGCAAGGCACAUAUCCAACCGAUCUGGUACGCCUCCCGCGCCGGAGAAGUCAUGA